AUUUAUUUGAUUCUGAUGAUAAUUUUGAACAAGCAAAUAUUAAUGAUAUAGUUUUAGAAUCUAAUAAUUCAACAUCUAACACUGAUGAUAGAUUUUUGAAAACAAGGAAUAAUUCUGCUAGGAGUUGGACAUGGCUAUUUUUUGAUCAUGUUCAAGAUGAGAAUACUAUUUGGGCCAUAUACCAAAUUCCUAACGAUUUGGAUGAAAUUUGUAAGCAUCCUGUGAAAGUAAUAGCAACUAAAUUAAUAUUAUCAUACGUUGCGGCAUUGCUAAUCGCAUCAGUAUGCGGUACUCAAUAUCUUUUUUCUUCGUAUAGUACAGCCUUGGCAGAUAAAUUAGGCUAUAGCUCGAUAGAAAUCAACACUAUUGGUAGUUUUGCAAAUUAUGGAGUUUAUUUGAGCAUGCCGGUGAAUGGAUAUAUCAUGGAUAGUUAUGGUCCAAGAAAAACAACAUUGGUCGCUUCGAUUUUAGUAUUUUUUGGAUAUUUUAGUUUAGCGAUGACAUAUGGAGGAUAUUUCCGUGUUCACUCAUUCAUGUUAUGUGCUAUUUACUUAUUUUUAGCCGGUGCUGCAUCAUCUGCAGGUAUCGUGUCAUGCCUGGGAACUAUUGCAAAAAAUUUUACUUCGUAUCGUGGAAUAGCGUUCGGAGCACCAUUAGCAUUAUUUGGAUUAUCGGCUUUCACAUUUGCACAAAUCGAUGAUUUGAUUUUUAAAGACAAUGUUUACGAUCUCUUGUUAUUUUUGUCGAUUACAACGGGGUCUGUUCUGUUUGUUGGUGGUUGGUUUCUAAACGUUAUCCCUCCACCAUCAUCAUCGUCGCCGUUAAAUAACGAUAAUAACGAUGAAAUAGUAGCAAUUGAAGGAGGAGAACGCGAACAUACCGAAACAUCACCUUUGUUAAGAUCGCCAUCAUCUACAUCAUCAGAUAUGGAUAUAUCAGGAUGGAAUUUUUUAAAAAAUAAUAAUGCUAUAUUAUUAACUUGUUCAAUAUUUUUUCUUGGUGGAGUAGGAUUAAUGUAUAUUAAUAAUGUUGGUACAAUCAUAAAAUCUCUUUAUUACGAACCACGACAUCCUUCAUCUCCUGAAAUAUUACAAAAUCUGCAAAAUUAUCAUGUCUCGCUGAUCUCAAUAUUUUCGUGUUUAGGUAGAAUUAGCGUUGGGGCGUUUUCAGAUGUGACAAAAAAUUUAUUUAAUCUUAGAAGGUUAUGGUAUUUGAUUUUGGCCGGGACUUGGUUAUUAAUUGGGCAUUUGAUGACAGCUAUUUAUAUUAAACGUGUUAGUGAUUUAUGGAUCGUUAGUGUUUUUGUUGGUUAUGGAUUUGGAAAUUUGUUUGGUGUUAGUCCAACCAUCGUUUCCGAAUGGUUUGGUAAUGAAAAUUUCGGAUUGAACUGGGGUAUAAUAUCAAUU